AUGGGGACGUGGAUGGGUAUGUUAAAUAACCGAGUGGGAACGUUCAAGUUCAUUUACGUUGACAUGAUCAAUGAGGAAGAAGAACAAAAAAGAAAUCUCGGAGACCUAGAAUCAGACGACGACCGUCAAAAAGACUCCCCAAGACCAAUAGCGUGGAGGGACUACUGAAAAGAAUAAAUCUGGAGGAAUACAUCUCUGUGUUUAUGUUGAACGGAUACGAGACAUUAGACCUGUUUAAAGAAGUAGAAGAUGAAGACUUGGAUGCACUGAAGAUAACCAACACAGAACACAGGAUUAAACUACUGACUGCAGCUGAACUUUUACAGUAUGAUGAUGAUGACACUGUUGUCGCUGAUGACAUCAUGCAAACCGAGGAAACACAAACGGAACCAGAUUAUGAAAAACGUAAUGAGUUGUUAUCAACAGAGGUUUUAGCUCAGCUGACUUCCUCCCCCAGAGAUUCUGGUUGCUAUGCCAGCAGUGAAAACUUGUUGACCCGGGAGAGUCCCAGAAGUGGGCAAUCUGCCAAAAAAGACGAUCAGGAGGAGUUUUGGCAAGAUGGCCAGUUGAUUAAUGAAUCACCUGACCAAGUGCCUAACCAAUCAGACCAAUCAUUUGAUAGUGUUAGUGUACAGGUGACCACAUCUAGGGAAGUCCUGGAAAGUCCUACAAGGUGUGGAUAUGUUAACGUGGAAAUUAAGAAAAACCAUGACUAUGUAAACAUAGAGGUGUUCAGUCAAUGUAGUGAUGAGAAUUCAAACGGUGAGGGGUCAAAGGUCAAUGUCACAGUGGGAAAAAAUGAAACAAACUCCAGACCAGAAAUAUGUAUUAAAAAUGGACAUCAUGUGGAGACAGUCUCUCAAAAAGAUGAGGAAGUAAUACCAUCGACUGCCGGAUCAGUUUCAGAAUCCAGACAAAAUGGGCUGCAAAGUCCAAAUAACUGCACAAAUGGGGAACCAACUUCCAGAGGGGAGGAGGUUGCCCCUAGCCCUUCGUUCCAUGAACUUGUGAACCUGUAUGAAAAAUCGGCUUCUGAACUCAGCCCUCGUACAGGCAGAAAAGCUGCCACCAUGGGAGGACGAGGUAGUCCGAAAGCCAUGCCUAAACACCCUAAAACUUUUCCUAGGAAUAACAAUGUUGGUGAGAACACCAACACAGAUGACAAUCACAAUGGCAUGUUGCAGCAGACCAAAUCUGAGGAUGCCAUGCACCAGAGCCCUGUGUUGUCAAGGACUACAAAUAUAACAGAAAAUGGAGAUUGUGACUCCAGCAAAAAAGCUGUUAAAGUGAAACCACCUCCUGUGGCAGCUAAACCUAAACCUAAGCAUAAACAAUCUCCAAGUGUGUCUUCAAAGAUGGAUCAUUCCUCAUCAACAUCGUCUUCGCGGACAAAUCAGUGUAUUGUACUGGAUAGCCCUCCGAUAAGCCACAGGUUGCCUCGACCACAGGCCAUGCCAUUACCCACGCUGGUCGACAGGAAACUUGACGAUGACCAGAUUGAUCUUACAAGUGAGCCGUAUUCAGAUCAGAUGGGAUUUUGUGGCAUCCCGUCAGCUCUCAUCCAGCGCUAUGCAGAGGAGCUAAAGUCCCCUCUCCAAGACGUUGCCAAUACCAUGGAGACCGUCCGAAUGACCCACCUUAAAAACCAUGGCCGACUGGGAAUUUCCAGCGUCUCCUUGACAGAGAUUUCAAACUCCAACUCGAUUGUUACUGCUAAAGACACCACGCUAAAAAGCUGGCUGACCAGUCAGGGUCUACCAAUGUACACAGAGCCUCUAUUGGGUAAAGGCUGGAGCACCGUUGUUAGUUUAUGCGAUAUGUUGGAAGACGAUAUGAGAGAGUGUGGUAUGAACGAUCCAAGGCAUAUACGUAGAUUACUUGCAGCCAUCGAGACGUUGAAACUGCAACAAAUCUCUCAAUGACUCGUAUGGGACUGUCUGACACUGUCAUCCAUUCACAUCACUGUCGGAUGAGACAAUAAAUUGAAGAGUACAUGUACUUGUGCCUCCAUGCCGAUUUUUUACCUACCGUAACGAUUUUUUGACCAAUUCUGAUUCAGUGUUUUCUGAUUCAUGAGCCAUGCAUGUCAGUUUCAUCCCAGUCAAUGGGGAAGCACAGUUCAUGCGGCCGUGAAAAAAAAAAAGGAGCAUCGCUUCAGUCAUGAUAGAAUGAGUGAUAAAAGAA